AUGGCUCCACUACUUUUCCUCAAACCGCGUGCUUGCCUCUUUCUGUCUGCAUACGUGGAGUGCUUCCCAUGGUUGAGUGACUUUGCCGUUUCCUGUUUGAUGCGAAACAGCUGAGCUGAAGUCUUACAUAACCCCCGCCGAAGCGUUCCCUCCCUUCCUCCUCUGUUCCAAUUUGGAAACCCUAGACCUGGAUUUUGCCUGGCUCCUCUUGGAGACCAGGUCGAAUACAUCGAUUUCGCUUUGAAAUAUCGGAUCCUCUUACCAAUUCUAGCUAUAGAUUUGGAGAUUCCGGCGGGAAUUUUGGUAUCUCGAGGCCAUUUCCUUGAUUGAAUUGUUUCUUCCAAGAUGAACAAUCUUCUCACGGACUCAUUUGAGCUUCCUCGAGGCGAAGCUUCUAGAGAUGGAGAUAUUGAAUUAGGAACCCAGGUUCCAAUGAAUUCUGGAGAACUGGGGUUGGAAGGCUUCUUCAAACAGGUUCAAGAUAUUGAAAAGCAAAUUGAGAAGCUCUCAAAAUUAUUGAAGAAGCUUCAGGAUGCUAAUGAGGAGUCAAAAGCUGUUACCAAGGCAGCUGCUAUGAAAGCCAUCAAGCAGCGGAUGGAGAAAGAUAUUGAUGAAGUUGGGAAAAUUGCACGACUAGCAAAAUCGAAACUUGAAGAACUAGACAGAGAGAAUCUAGCCAACAGACAGAAGCCUGGAUGUGGAAAGGGAUCAGGCGUCGAUCGAUCUAGGACUGCAACUACCAUUGCAUUGAAAAAGAAGUUGAAAGAAAUGAUGUCUGACUUCCAGGCUCUGAGGGAAAAAAUUCAGCAAGAAUACCGGGAGGUUGUUGAGAGAAGGGUUUUUACAGUAACAGGCAAUCGUGCUGAUGAAGAGACAAUUGACCGAAUGAUAGAAACUGGAAACAGUGAGCAAAUUUUUCAGAGAGCAAUUCAGGAGCAAGGACGUGGCCAGGUACUGGACACCCUUGCAGAAAUCCAGGAGCGUCAUGACACUGUUAAAGAAAUAGAGAGGAAACUUCUUGAUUUACAGCAGAUUUUCCUCGACAUGGCAGUGUUGGUCGAGGCACAAGGCGACAUGCUGGAUAACAUCGAAACCCAGGUUUCAAGUGCUGUUGACCAUGUUCAGUCUGGAUCGACUGCUCUGCAAAAGGCAAGGAGGCUACAGAAGAACUCCCGAAAAUGUAUGUGCAUAGCCAUGCUUAUCCUUCUCAUAAUCGGCGUCAUUAUUGUUUUAGCUGUGAUCAAACCUUGGUCAAAAAACUGAUAGUGUUUCAGAAGUAGACAUGCUGAAUUACGAUAAGUUACGGAUUGUAUCGUUUUGUAGUUAAUAUGUACAUGUUGCCUGUUAAAUGUAACUUCUUCUGCGUGCUUAAUGACCCAGUCUUGUGCAUUAUUCAUAAUUUCA